GAAAAUAUUUGCGAUGUUUCUAAACUCAAAGAAACAUAUAAAGAAGUCCAAGACACAAAAUCUAUUUUUGGAAAUAACAAGGAUAAAAAUAAGAUAUUUGAUAUAUGUGAUAAGAUACUCAAAGAUCCCAAGUAUGAUAAUGGUAUAAUUCCCGAACCAUUAACAGUAAAUCAAAAGAAUUUCAUAGAACAAUUUGAAUCUCAAUUAUCCACGCAUCUUAAAACUGUCGGAGUGUACGCGAUUAGUUUCGAAUCUUCUAAGAAACCUUUCUUGAAUAUGAAAAUGAAAGGAAUGGAAGGACUUGAAUAUCCAUUUGCUCGUAUCAUUGCAGCUGAAGGGUAUCCAAAUAUCGAAAUGACUACUG